AUGGCUCUCAUCAAUUUUUUGUUCAUCUUUUCGGUUAUUUGCAAGUUGGGUGCGGAAUGUACCUGGAUAACUUUGGAUCUGAGCUUGAAGGAGACCAACAGCGAGGUUUUGGUCCAGGAUGCUGAACAUUACGGGAUCCCAUUCAAAAUUUAUGCUCCAAGGAACGGUUUCGAUGCGAAUGCUGUGGUUGAGGGAGAAGCCCAGCUUUGGAAGGCCUCUUCUUCAGGUCUCAAGUGCCUUGAUGUUUCCCUCUACUUUGGUAACGACAACGUCUCCUUGGCAAUUCUCUCCAUCAUGAAGGGCGAGGUUUACUCAAAGUACUUUGUGAAGGUUGACAAGGUCUGGAUCCCAGUCCAUCCACAGCAGUGGGUCGCAAAGAUGAUCAAGUUCUCACCAGCCAUUGCCAGGCAUAUUGCCGCCCGCGAGACUCCAGUCGAGUCUGCCGACGAAGAGGAGGAAGAGGAUUACGAUGAUGAGGACAUCAUUAGCAGCAUCUCCGGCUUCAUUGGCUCCGCUUUCGAAAAGGUUGACAAGGUCAUCAGCUCCGUCUUUAACAUUGAGUCUGAACCUGAACCUGUUGUUACUCUCAAGGAACCAGUUGCUGCCCCCAAAAUCUCUGUCCAAGAGCCACUUGUCCUUCCCAAGCCAAGUUUGGUCGAGAGAAUUGUUGGUACCUCUCCAGGCGUCAAGUACGAGGAAGAGCAUGUCAUCUACAAGGCACCAAAGGAGGGAUACAAGCCACAGAAUUACGUUGGCCUCGAUAUCUCCAAGCCCAACUUUGAGUUGUUCAUGGUUGAAUACAACGUUUCAGAAGUCAUUGGAACAAAGAUUACUCCACUUUACGGAAAUGCUUUGGUAUCUGUACGUGAUGGUGCAUCUGAGCCACUCUGGGCCUCAAAGGAAGGUCAGGACUACUGCGUUGCUGUCUGGAUACACAGAAAGGGCGACUUUGCUCCACUUGCUAGGCUGAUUAUUCAAAAGCCAGACAGAGUUGUCAUUUUGGGAUAUGUCAAGGAGAAUGGUGCAUGGAAGCUUGUUGGUGAUAGCCCAUACCGCAUGCUGUAUCACUCUAUGCAUAUUGCUGAUUACACCAGCGAGGAUUUGGAGAAGAUCAAGACCGGAGACUUGUCAUCAUUUUCCACAAACGGUGCCUUGGCAUGCUUCGCCGUUGCAUUGAUCGCAUUCUUCUACCUCUAG